UAGCAGCACUCAUUUGUCAGCUUCGACAACUUGAAUCCUCUUGGAAGUUAGUUCGGAGCACCGACCGUUCAGAGAAGACGCCUCGAACUUAGGAAUGCAUCUCCAGGAGUGGUUACGAUCACUUGGCUCAAGCUCUGGACCUGUUCUGUCAGAACCUAAAGACACCCGCGGCCUGCUUUCCUCGCUCUCCCUGUCCUCCUCGUCUCUGCUGGGUUUAGGGGCUCUGGCGUCUCUCACCGUGUACUGGCUGGUCACACGUCCUCGACCCAUGCGACCCCCCUGUGACCUAAAGGCCCAGUCCGUUGCCGUCAAUGGCGAGGCAAGCUGUCGACGGUCGGCUCUGCUCAAGGACGACACGCUGCUGGAGUUCUACUACGAUGACACCAGGACGGCGUACGACAUGUUCCAGAGAGGCCUGAGGAUCGCAGGAAACGGUCCAUGUCUUGGCUACAGGAAGCCAGGCCAGCCGUACGAGUGGAUCUCCUACACUGAGGUCGCAGAGCAGGCGCAGGUUCUGGGCUCCGGACUUCUGGCGAAAGGCUGCCAGCCAAACCCAACACAGUUUGUGGGAAUAUUUGCACAGAACAGACCAGAGUGGAUGAUCACAGAGCUGGCCUGCUACACCUACUCCAUGGCAGUGGUUCCUCUCUACGACACUCUGGGUCUGGAGGCCAUGGUCCACAUCAUCAACCUCGCGGAGAUCUCUCUGGUAAUCUGCGACCGCGAGGAGAAGGCCACGUCCCUCCUGGAGAACAAGGAGCGCGGCGUCACCCCGACGCUCUCCUGUCUGGUUCUGUUCACCGACUUCAGCCAGGCGUUUGUGGAGCGAGCGAGGAGCAGCGAGGUGGAGGUGCUGGAGCUGUCGGAGCUGAUGGAUCUGGGUCGGCAGAACAUCAAAGAUCCUGUGCCGCCGCAGCCGCAGGAUCUGGCCGUGGUGUGCUUCACCAGCGGAACCACAGGGAAGCCCAAGGGAGCCAUGAUCACCCACGGCAACAUCGCCUCCAACACGUCCUCUGUCAUUAAGAUCCUGGAGGGGUCCUUCGUGAUCCGACAGGAGGACGUGUCCAUCUCUUACCUGCCGCUGGCUCACAUGUUCGAGAGGAUGAUCCAGGUGUCCAUGUUCUGCCACGGUGCUCGAGUGGGCUUCUAUCAGGGCGACAUCUCCCUCCUGAUGGACGACAUCAAGACUCUGAAGCCCACCUUCUUCCCUGUCGUGCCUCGACUGCUCAACCGCAUCUACGACAAGAUCCUGGGCUCUGUGACGUCGCCGCUGAAGCGGGCGCUGCUCCGAUACGCGGUGAGGAGGAAGCAGGCGGAGCUGAGCAGCGGGGUCGUGAGGAACAACAGUCUAUGGGACAAACUGGUCUUCAACCGCAUCCAGGCCAACCUCGGAGGGAACCUCCGCUUCGCCCUCACGGCGUCAGCUCCCAUCUCUCCCACCGUCCUCUCCUUCCUCAGAGCCACUCUGGGGUGUCUCAUCUUUGAGGGCUACGGUCAGACCGAGUGCACCGCUGGCUGCACCUUCUCCAUGCCGGGCGACUGGACUGCAGGUCAUGUCGGUGCCCCUCUGCCCUGCGCCAUGGUGAAGCUGGUGGAUAUUCCAGACAUGAACUACUACGCCAAACACGGAGUGGGAGAGAUCUGCAUGAGGGGCCCCAGUGUGUUCCGGGGCUACCUGAAGGACCCCGAGAGGACAGCCGAGGCUCUGGACAGCGACGGCUGGCUGCACAGCGGCGACGUGGGACAGUGGCUUCCGAACGGGACCCUGCGCAUCGUGGACAGGAAGAAGCACAUCUUCAAGCUGUCGCAGGGCGAGUACAUCGCGCCAGAGAAGAUCGAAAACGUCUACAUGCGUUGUGUGCCGGUGCUGCAGGUGUUCGUCCACGGAGACAGUCUACAGUCGUACCUCAUAGGAAUCGUGGUCCCUGAUCCAGAAGUCUUUGUGGACUGGGCGAAGGAUCGAGGCUUUAUGGGCUCACAUGAAGAGCUCUGUGAAAACCCUGAUGUGAAGAAGGUGGUGUUGGAGGACAUGAGAGCUGUCGGGAAGGCAGCCGGACUGAAGUCCUUCGAGCAAGUGAAGGACUUACACCUGCACCCAGAGACCUUCAGCGUCGCCAACGGCCUCCUGACCCCGACCCUGAAGAGCAGACGCGCCGACAUCCGCCGAGUCUUCCAGCCGCAGAUCGACAGGAUGUACAAGACGACGGCGUGAGCAGCCGUGCGAUGCCUUCACUGGAGCAAAGAAACUUGGAAAUAAUCUCAAACACGGCUAUUCAAUGUCGAUAAAGACCUAACAAAAGAAGACACUUUCUACUAUCAGCAGAAACCACCAUGGUACGUUCACGGGCUGCUGCAGUGAUCGUAAAUGAUGGUGUUCUUCAGUAGACCAUGUGAUUGGAGGAAUUCCAGAUGUCCGAGGAGCACUUGAACGCACCAUCAGGAAGUAGCUGCUGCAUUUCUUUUAAACAACAUUGUACAUUUGUAUUAAGCGAAACUGAGUCUCCAGUGGCGCCUUCACCCAAAACACAACGCAUCCUCCUUCCCACUAAAGCAAAGCAACGGUUUACUAACAGCUGCGAUGUAACACAAGUUUACUUCUCAUCUUCCCGCGUCAGAACAAAGGUUCAUUUGGCCGUAGAGAAGACGGAGAGCGCAGAAGUCCAAGGCAGAUGUUGUCAAUAACCUGAACCUAUUAGCACGGAGAGCUUUGUUAAUUUAAUGGUGUUGGUUUUGGAUCGACCCAAUAAAAACCCAUUAACGACAUUUGUCAUAUUUAUUCUUCCACAGUUGAUUAUAGACAAAAAACAAAACUGCAAAUUACAUUAAGUUAAAAUCCACUGCUAAAACCUUCAUAACAAUAAUAAAAAAAAAGAAUUAUGUGUAAAACAUCUGACUCAGUGUCUGAGUCUGUGAACCAGGACCAGACUGUGGAGCUGAAGUGACACCAGUGCAAUAGCUGUUUGAUUUGGUCCAAAGUGUGAAUUAAAAAAAAUAAAAUAAAAAAAAGGCCAUGAAAAUCUAAAAAGAGGAAGAACACAACUUACAGUCACAAUAGAACAAUGGGGGAGAAUUUAACGCUGUCGUUACCAGUAUGAGCCACUAGAGGGAGCACCAGCACUUGUUUUUAACAAAAUGGCACAUGAGACGAAUAAAAGGCCAAAAUUUUGGGUUCCAGAUAGAAUCUAAAACAGAGAUCCACUUCUGUGGACGAAACCACAAUUGCUGCCGUGAAACACAAACAUCCUACCGUUAUAAAUAGUUCUCGACUCCCUCAGCAGUAAGUGUCC